AUGGACCAGCUCAAAAAGUACCAGCUGGACGAGGCCGCAAAGGCUUUCAUUGCCGCUAUUGAUCGAGACCGCGUUUGCAGCCUGGCAUCGUCAUUUCAUCGCGAAAGCUGGCCAUGUCGCAUAUUUGGGGAUGUGUCCAAAGGUGGUUACAAUGCAUGUUUUCCCAUAGUUUUUAUCACUCCGGAAGGCAACAAAGCAGAUAGAUGGAUGGUCCGAGUUCCGCUGAUCCCUCGCCUGGCGUUCCCCGAAGAGAAGAUGCGCAGUGAGAUUACUACAAUGAAGUAUAUAUCUGAGAAAAUCAAAAUCCCCGUUCCCCGAAUCUACGGCUACUCAAUGCAGGGAAACAAUAUUCUAGGCCUUCCCUUUUUACUGCUAGAAUACAUUGAGGGCAAAAGCCUAUUAACUAUCCGCUUGAACCAACUCUCCAUAGACGAACAAGAGCAUCUAUAUCCACAGCUUAGUGAAAGAUAUCUCGAACUCUCCCAACAGCAGAAAUCCGAUCGCAUCGGGGCUCUAACACUAGAUCAAAAUGAUGAUAAAUGGGUCUUUUCCCACAACCGACCACUGUCGAUAUUUGUCAAUGGCCAGGUACUGGGCGGGCUCGAUGCAUGCCGCCAUAUGGGACCAUCUUGA